AUGGAGUUCCCCCGGCAGGGCCUCACGGGCCAUCUGCCUCUUGACGUCUCCAAGCUCACCUCACUCACUAAGAUUGACCUGCAGCGAAACCUCAUUAUAGAGCGACUCGACGUCUUCAUCGAGCCACUUGAGGGACUAACCAACUUACAGUACUUGGACCUCUCUUCCAAUUUCCUUUUCGGCAGCAUCCAGCCGUCCGUCACCGCUGCCUUUCCACGCCUCACAGCACUUCGUUUCAACCUUGACAAGCAUCGUUGUCAAAAGAAGUCUGGUGGCGUUUGUGUGAUCGGGAACCAUGGCGCGGGUUUACAAGUGUCUGGGUCGCGAGAAAGCCACCUGGCUUCGCGUUUAUCGAGUUCGACGAUCACAGAGAUGCUCAAGACGCUAUUAGAGCUCUUAACGGCAAGCAAGGCUGGCGUGUUGAGCUUUCACGUGCCUCCGGCGGAGGCGGAGGUGGUCCAGUGCCUGUGCGAAGGGGAGGCGACGACAUGCGUUGCUACGAGUGCGGCGAACCCGGUCACUUCGCCCGCGAGUGUCGCAUGCGUCUUGGAGGAGGAGCGCGCGGCCGCAGCCCUCCGCGCUACCGCCGAAGCCCGGAUUACGGUCGCGAGAGGGACGAUUCCCCCCGGCGUAGGAGUCCGUCUCCCCGCCGCCGGAGCCCCUCCCCCGGUCGUCGCCGGAGCCCCUCCCCCGGCCGCCGCCGGAGCCCUUCCCCGGACAGGCGCCGCGGAAGCCGAUCUCCCCCGCGCGUCCGCAGCCCGGCUCCUGGGUCCCCGCGCCGUGACGACUCGCCUGACGCCAAGUGAUGACGCCCCUCUGCGUGUCCCUCAGGCGGAGCCCCUCUCCUCGCCGCCGCCGGAGCCGCAGCCGCAGCUAGGCAAUGGGGGCACCAGCGGACGCGCUUCCGUGAUGGAAUCUUGUGCGCGGGUUCUCAAGGAUGACACGGUCACUCGGCUAUGGAGCUGCUUUCUAACAUGGAUCUCAGAAGGCUCAGGAGUUCCUUAA